GUACCCAUGUGAUGGAGGGUUCGGGUAGGAUGCUGGUAACAGCUGUGGGGGUCAACUCUCAGACUGGCAUCAUCUUUACACUGUUGGGGGCCGGAGAGGGGGAGGAGGAAGAGGAGGAGGAGGAUGACAAGAAGAAGAAGGGGAAGCAGCCCGAAGUGAUGAUGGAGAACAACCAGAAUAAAGCCAAGAAGCAGGACGAGGCUGUAGCCAUGGAGAUGCAGCCUCUGAAGAGUGCAGAGGGAGGAGAGGUGGAGGAGAAGAAGAGAGGCAACACCACAAAGAAAGAGAAGAGUGUUCUACAGGGUAAACUCACCAAACUGGCUGUGCAGAUUGGGAAAGCAG